GUAAACAACACAAGCGCCUGUAUCGUCAGCUGCUCGCACGUGUGGAGCUGGCUGUAAAAAACGAUAUUGUAGACGUUGCGGAGGUAAUUAUUCCAACAAUGUCCUCAGUUGAGUCUUUGAGAGAGUUUGUCACCGAGCGACUCACUGCCGCUGCUCAAGAAAUAUUCGGAGUCUUUGAAAAAACUAUCUUCCAGUACGAGGAAGAGGUCGACCGUCAGCGCAGACUGCUGGAUGUCGUUUGGAAACCUGCAAUAAAGCUACACAGGAUAGAGCUCCCAAAGCAACAUGUCUGUAAGGAGGAGGAGGUUCUCUCUGACCAGCAGCUCUGUGUUCAGGAGAGGAACUCCAGUCUGGACCAAGAGGACCCAGAGCCUCCACAGAUUAAAGAGGAACAGGAGGAACUCUGCACCAGUCAGGAGGGAGAGCAGCUUGAACUGAAGCAGGAGACUGAGACCUUUAUGUUGACUCCUAGUUAUGAGGAAAGUGACCACAGUAAAGAUCAGACUCUGAACAUGAGUAGCGAUGAAAAUCAGAGUGUGGUGGAAGAAACACCUCUAGGCUACACUUCAGUUGAAAGCUCUGUAGUACCGGAACCAAACGAGGACCACCAGCUCCUCUCACACAACUCUCAUGCAGAUAAAAGCCAAGAUCAGAAAGGAGGCGAGCAUGGAUCCUCUGAAUCCACUAGUGAUGCAGAGCCAAGACCGUUAUUCAAGUGCGACACAUGUGGGAAAGAAUUCAAGUUUAAGUAUAGAUUUUACAGACAUCUGAGAAUCCACACAGAGCUCCCAAAGAAACAUGUCUGUGAGGAGGAGGAGGUUCUCUCUGACCAGCAGCUCUGUAUUCAGAAGAGGAACUCCAGUCUGGACCAAGAAGACCCAGAGCCUCCACAGCCUAAACCGUUAUUCCAGUGCAACACAUGUGGGAGAGGAUUUAAUAUUAAAGCAAAUUUGAACAGACAUCUGAGAAUCCACACAGAGCUCCCAAAGAAACAUGUCUGUAAGGAGGAGGAGGUUCUCUCUGACCAGCAGCUCUGUAUUCAGGAGAGGAACUCCAGUCUGGACCAAGAAGACCCAGAGCCUCCACAGCCUAAACCGUUAUUCCAGUGCAACACAUGUGGGAGAGGAUUUAAUAUUAAAGCAAAUUUGAACAGACAUCUGAGAAUCCACACAGGUGAGAAGCCACAUUCUUGCAACGUAUGUGGGAAACGAUUCCGUGACAAAUCAGAAUUGAAAAGUCAUAUGAAAAUCCACACGGGUGAGAAAUUGAAGCCACAUUCUUGCAAAACAUGUGGAAACACUUUUCAACGUAAUAGUCACUUGGUGGGCCACAUGAGAACACACACAGGUGAGAAGCCGUAUUCUUGCAAAACCUGUGGAAAAGAUUUUCAAUGUAAUAGUCACUUGGUGCGUCACAUGAGAACACACACAGGUGAGAAGCCACAUUCUUGCAACGUAUGUGGGAAACUAUUCGGUCAGAAAGCAACAUUGACCUUUCAUAUGAAAAUCCACACAGGGGAGAACUUCAAGCCAUAUUCUUGCAAAACAUGUGGAAAAGAUUUUCGACGUAAUAGUCACUUGGUGAGCCACAUGAGAACACACACAGGUGAGAAGCCGUAUUCUUGCAAAACCUGUGGAAAAGAUUUUCGAUGUAAUAGUCACUUGGUGCGUCACAUGAGAACACACACACGUGAGAACUUGAAGCCACAUUCUUGAAAAACAUGGAAAAGAUUUUCGAACGCAUAGUAACUUUGUGCGCCACAUGAGAACACACACAGGUGAGAAGCCAUAUUCUUGCAACUAAUGUGGGAAACAAUUCAGUGAGAAAUCAGCAUUGACCUUUCAUAUGAAAAUCCACACAGAUGAGAUCUUGAAGCCACAUUCUUGCAAAACAUGUGGAAACACUUUUCGAACGAAUGGUAACUUGGUGGACCACAUGGGAACACACACAGGUGUAAAGCCAUAUUCUUGCGAAACCUGUGGAAAAAAGAUUUUCGACAUAGCAGUGUCUUAUUGGUUCACACGAGAAGAGCCCACAACGGGGAGAAACAGUUCAUCUGCAAGACCUGCAGGAACAGAUACU